AUGGGAACUGAAGUACAGUCAAAGAUGUAUCUACCAGGAUAUUAUUCCGUACAGAAACUAAGUAGCAAUGUUGGCCAUGGUAGCUGGUCCCUACUCCAUGAGAACAAAAACUUGAAGAAUGGGCAACAAUAUGAAUUAUUCUUGACAAGGCCGAUUAUGGAUGGAUUUCAUGGACGCGAUAAGGAACAAAUGAGGCAAACUAUACUGAAGCAUGAGUCAGUAUUCAGGCAUCAGCUCAAUGAACUCCAUCGUCUUUACGAAAGGCAAAAGGACUUGAUGAAUGAGAUCAAAAGCAAAGAACUACUCAAACAUCAAAAAGUAGCAGGGACAUCACUAUCAACUUUCUCUUCCUCUGGCUUUCCAAAUGAAGAUGACAGAAACAGCAGGCAUAAUUCUAAUUUACCCUUGGUUGAUUCCAGCUUUGGUAGACCAUGUACAUCGAGUACUGGUAUCAGCCAAUCUCCUUGUAAUUCUAUUGGAAAAACCCUGCAAACCAGUGGUGGCCCCAGUGAAAGUAGAGUCAGGAUGAAGGACCACGAAUCUCUGGAUUCCAGAGGGAAGAAGCCUCGGAGAAGAUUGUUCAAUCUUGAACUUCCAGCCGAUGAAUACAUCAGUGAUGGAGAAGAACCAAAAGGAGUUUUCUUGGGGCCAGGUACAGAAAAUUAUCCUCCCAACAGAAAAAAUGAGGUUACUCAGGCAAGAGAUGAUAUUUUAUCUAAUCACAUUGGUGAAACAUCCGGCUAUAACAAUGGUUUGCAUAUAGAAAGAAGCAGUGGUUUGACUGAUCUGAAUGAACCUAUUCAGAUAGACACAGUGUCCGCUUCAACUUCUGUCUUUAAGUAUGGCAAUGACUUCAGCUCCAAAGAGGAGAUAGAAACGCAGGUUUUAUCUGCAAAUGCCUACAAAGGUGUCUGGCCUUUUGCAAAGAAAUUCCCUGAAAACCCACAAAUGGAGGAGGAUGGAAGAGUUAGUAAUCUGCAUUUAAAGAACGAAAGGCACCAAAAAGAGUGGUCAACAAGUGCUCUCAAGGCUGAACAAACAAGAAGUUUUCCUGGUGGAAGGUUUGGUCUUCAAGACUUUAAUAAGCCAUGUGAAUCAUCAGAAACUGAAGCUAGGAUAGUCUGUAAGCCUACUAAGUUUUUCUUGUCUGAUCAGAAUAAAAUGGAGAAGCAAAGAAAGAGGACAAUUUUUGGUAUAGAAAUUUUUGAAAGAGACGUCAAUUCAUCUGCUAAGCCUUUGCAGUCUGAUGUGACCAUUUCCGAGUCAUCUCCUAAUUGGACAAAACCUCCAAUUAGCAUGAGCCAGAACUCAAUAUCAGCUCAAGGAAACACUUCCUUGAAUACCUCACAAUCUGAUAAGGCUUCGAUCAUGUUGCAGCAAAGCACUGAAGUUAUCAGGGACAGAUUGCUUGUAGAUUGUAAUUCAAUACCAUCAACUCCCAGUCUAAAAGCUGAAGUGUCGCACCAAAAUGGUGUCUGCUUUCGUGCAAAAUCAGAUACCAAUGAACUACAAGCUUCUCACCCCUCAAUCAGCCCUGCUUUCCCAAAUGGAGACAGCAACCGCAAUUUUGCGAACCAAACUGAUUUAAGAAAGGGCCCCAAUCAAAGUCCUGUUCAGAAUUGCUCAUCGUUAAUGCGUGGCCAUGAUGCUGAGAAUUGGAGAGUUGAAAUAGGCGAUUGGAUGAAGACUAGGAAGACUUUUGCUCUUCCCAUGUUUGACAAGGUUUCUUUUCCUUAUCCUUGUUCAUCCUCAAAAUCUGGUUGUCUUGCUUCUGCAGUUGAUAAUGGCUACACCGUUAGAAUUGAAUCAGCGAAAAGCAAUGUGGUUCAGGAUCCUGUGUCACACAUGUGUACAGUGCAACUGAAAGCAGAUGGUCCGGGUCUAGAAAAGAGAUUGUUUAAUGCCAAUGCUGAUUCGAGACACCAAAUAGAUUUAAAUAGAUGUUUUACUGAAGAAGAAACUGAAAUGACUGCCGCCUGUCCAAUUAUGAGAACUGAAACUGUGAUUGAUUUGGAGGCACCAGUGAUAAUUGAAUCAGAUAUAGAUGCGGAAGAUUCUAUGCAAAGCAAAUGUAAGGAACCUCUUGACUUACCUCAUGAGGGCCUUCUUAGAGUUGCAGCUGAGGCUCUAGUUGCCAUAUCAUCAUCCCAAGGUCGUGAUAUGCAGAACAGUGCUGCACAUCAUCUUCAAGAAGGUGCCACUUGUCACGAAACAGAUGCUUCAGAAAAUGACUCCCUUAUUUGGUUUGCAGAAUUAAUUUCUUCACAUGAAGGAAAUAUUGACAAUGAUAAAGUGGCAGAAGUUAAGGGGACUGCCUGUGAUGAAGAUGAUGUGAUGGAUUUCUUUGAGCACAUGACAUUAAAUUUGGUGGAAACCAAGGUAGACAAGCACUUCUAUGUGCCUCCCAAUCAAGAGAAUCCAAGAAAAGAAGUGUCGCUUCCCAAACGGCCACGAAGAGGUCAGGCGAGGAGGGGCAGACAACGAAGGGACUUCCAGAGAGAUGUACUUCCCGGUCUUUCUUCUUUGUCAAGAAAUGAGGUGACUGAGGAUCUUCAGUUAAUCGAAGGGUUGAUUAGAGAAACUGGUGGCAGUUGGCAGUCAAGUUUGACACUGAGAAAUGCCGGUAGGAGUGGUAAGGGAAGGGGGAGGAAGCGUAUGGGAACCUCUGCCCCCUCUACUUCUGUAGCCGCAGUUAGCCAGCCCCAGAUUGAGGAACCGAAAUGCGAGGAGCUGCAGGGACUUGAGGAAAGAAGUCUAACUGGUUGGGGUAAGAGGACAAGGCGGCCACCAAGGCAAAGAUAUAGUUCUCCUGUUCCUAAAAGAUAA